AUGAUAUCACUUCAGAUGGUUAUAGAGCUGGUUGGAAAGGGUGUCCUCACCGGAACCAUCGACAUGUCGAACGAAGUGGAGUUCCAGAUCUCUGCUACGGUCACCGCCAACAAGAACGGCGAGACGGAUGUUACCGUUAACAGCCUCGGCGUGAAGCAUGAGGAAGCCGUCAAGAUCGGCGCGAGCGCAGAGGCAUCGUUGAGAUUGAGCGCGGGGCCAGAGCUGGUAGUGUGGCCAAUGCCGGGUAUUCCGAUUACCUUCAUGCCCAAGAUCCAUGCUGAAGCUAAAGCGAAGGGGACCAUCCAGCACCCAAGCUCCUCGCCUUGCCUGUAUCUUGAAGUCACAUGA